UUUUUGAGAGUUGUUUUGUUCCAGGGUUGUUACGUAACAGAGUCAAAUAGAAAAACACAUUGGAGAAGUGUGGAAGCCAGGCAGAAACGCAGCAAACGUAUUCCAUCUCAUUCCUGUUUCAGCCAUAGAGCUCAAAGCAACAUAUUCACUGCUGCUCAUGUGCAUCGCCUUCCUCCUCACUGGCAAUGAAGCUCAGAAACCUCGACGGGGACCUGUAAAGCCUAAACGGGACACAUUCUGUCCUGAUGCUCCUCUGCAGUUUAACCCAUCACGCAAAGGAUAUCCCCGUCCAAGUUGCUGUAUGUCUGUUGAAGAGAAAAUCCCACGGCGCGUACUGCUAUUAGUUUCCAAAUGUGAGAAACAGCGCAUAUAUGGUGCCUGCCACAUUGAAGCACUGAUAUUACAUAUCAGAAGAGGAACGGUCUGUGCACAUCCCAGACUGUUGAGGAAUCUGAAGAAGAUUCGAGAAUCCCAAACCGGCUUAAAUGCAACAAGAAAUCAAUAAAUGAGAUUGUUAUAUCUGUUUAUAAUCCUGGUGGCAGAGAUAUAGUUUCAAUAUAUGCUGCUUUGGAUGUUUUAAAAGUCUUUUUCAGCUAAUAGUACCAGACAUUAUGCAGGUUACCACAAUAUACAGUAUAAGUUCUUUGCUUGCUCUUCUUUUUAGUGAAAUAAAACCUUUUUUUUGGCUGUG